AUGAACACAAACAUCGCCGAGUCGCUCAAUGCAAUAUUCGUCGACAAAAUAGAGUAUCCAGUGGUGGCCAUCUUUAAUUCAAUAGCAUAUAGGUUUGGCAAAAUAUUCAGGAAGAGGUAUGUAGAGGUAAAUAGUUCAAGAACUCCAAUCGUUCCUAUAGCCGAGAAGAUCUUGAGGAAAAAUAUGACCGAAGAUGGCAAAUUGUAUGUAAGAAACAUAAAUGGAAGCACCGAUAAAUUCACCGUUUUUGUUUGUGGUCCUUUCGCCAAAGUUAAUCUAUCAAAAAGAUCAUGUUCUUUCAGGAAGUACAACUUGAUGAAAUUUUCAUGCGCUCAUGCAAUGACAACGUUGUGUUUGAAGCAUGGGGACAAUUAUGAUUCGGAAUGGAGCGUGGUGCGGGAGUAUCUAGAAAUGCAAGUUCUUCAACCCGAUUUUGAUCCCAAACUAGGAAGGAGGAGGGUGAAACGCGUUAAGGAUGUGUCGGAGUCUUCAAGAACCAAGAAAAGGAACAAGUGCUCCAAGUGCAAAAGGCCGGGACAUAAGAGAACAACAUGGUCUUGCCGUCGAUCAGCGGAGGCUGGACAUGGAGCUCCGGCGGAUGACCAGUUUUCUUCGGGCCAUAGCUGA